GAUGAUCAAACAGAUUCUUUUCCUAAUAUAAUUUUAGUUCCUCAUCAAAACGAAAAUCAAUUGUACUUUUACACUAACACUAUUAUGAUGGAUUUUGCUGCGGCGCUGCUGGAUGACUUAUACAGUUUAGCAGAAAAAUAUAAUUCAGGACGGCCUAAAACUUUUCUCCAAAUACGAGGUGCUUUUGAAAAGUUGUUGAGUAAUGAUGACCUUCCAACGAUUCCCGGAAAAAUCGAUAAGACGAUUGGAGAUCUCUACUUGAUGUGCAAUUUAGCAGACCAUGCGCUCUGCAGCUACCAAACGGCAGUAGAGCUGACCAAGUCUCAUGACUGGCUGUUUUAUGGAUUAAGUUUAGAAGGAUAUGCUUCAGCGUUGUAUAUUAAAAAAAUAAAUUCUCUUGAUCCGGAUGUCAACGAACUUAUUAUUGGACACAUGAACGAUGCUAUUUCCACUUACCAGAAGACCCAACCGUUCGGCUUCCUUUUAACAUUCUCGUGCGUCUUUAAGCUCGGCUGUUUCUAUUUGUCAAAAAAUAUGAAGCGCAAAGCUUUAAAUUUGUUAUCACAAGCACCAAUAAAAACUGCAGGCUCCCAAGAAUCACACUUAUUAGCCUAUUACAAAGCGGCGGUAAACUUUCAUAAAAUGUUGGGUUUCAAAAGAAAAGUAGCUUUUUUUAUGAGGCCAAUAGUCCAGCACGUCUCUCAGUUGUUCUCCUCUUACCAAUGGCAUAUUGUAGAAAGGCUGACUUUACAGUCAUUGGAGGCUUACAAAAUACAUGGGCUUCAGCGAAACUCUUUAACCAAUGAUAAUUCGGAAAGAUUGUCUGUUGGCUGGCCAGCACUACAAUAUAAUGUCCUUCAGGAUUUGAUUAAUUCCGCCAAAUUUACUAAUGAUCCUGAAAAAAUAGUUGAGUAUGUUUCAUAUGCUUUCAGAGUAAUGCACGAAAAGUUAACUGUAGCGCAGCAGAAAAGUUUUGCAGUUCUUCUUGAGAGUGUCGCCGUGAAGUUGAGUUCCCGCCAUAUUUUCAAUAAUUGGAAUGAUUUCCCAAAAAUUGUGGACAUUCGAGUUCGCGAACUUCCUGAGGAAUAUAAACUCAUCAAUACGAGGCCCUCUGAGGCUCCCAGUAUUUUUAUUUACAAUCCUUUAGCUAUUAAAAGAAAACGAAAGGUCUGGCCUGUCAAUGAAAUUGUUUCCUUUGAAGUAACUUUACGUAAUUCAAUGGCUUUUGAUAUGAAAAUUAGUAAAAUGCUACUGAAAAGUUCGGGUGCAAAAUUCGAAUCAUUUUGUACGGCUGUCUUUCUGAAAGCCAAUACAGCCAACCACGUUGUUGUUCUCAACGGCCAACCCCAAGAAGAAGGGAUCCUUCAUAUUGACGGCAUUGCGGUUACGCUAUUUGGCAUUGAAAUUGAACAUCCAUGGCCCAGCCGGUCCAAUAAGGGUAAAGAGAUGCUUGUAGUUUCCAGUGUUCCAAAGUUAUCUAUAAAGCACGGUCUUUGCAGCGGCCCCAACAGAAUGGCUGUGAAACUACUGGAAGGCCAACAUAUUGAAACAUUCAUUCGACUUAAAAAUAUUGGAGAAAAUGCAGUCAACUUUUGCAAAGUAACAGCCCGUGCAACUUUUACAGAGCCUUCAACUACUUUAGAAUAUUUGCUUUUAUUGAAGUCCUGCAAUAAUAAUAAUAAUAAUAAUAAUAAUAAUAAUAAUAAUAAUAAUAAUAAUAAUAAUAAUAAUAAUAAUAAUAAUAAUAAUAAUAAUAAUGGUAACAAUAAUAAUAAUGAUAAUAGUAUUAGUAAUAAUAAUAAAAACUCCGAGUCAUUAUGUUUCAAUACAUCGUCUAUGAAGGGAGGCUUACCUUUACUUUCAGUGAAAGGACAACAACUUAUUAUUCCGGUGCAUAUAAAAAGUCUUUUCAAUUGCAACGCUAUUGCGUUUCACGUUUUAUACGGAUACGAUGAGCAUUCGGCUUACAAAAGAGAAUUUAAAGAACAAGUGAAUUUACAAGUUCAAAGAAGUUUAACUUUUUCAAAACUUUAUAUUCACCCAACGGAAUAUAGUAAACAACUAAAGCUUCAACUCGAAAAAAAAUAUAGCCUUCCAUGUGGUCAGACCUUGGAUGGGCACCCUUUUCUAUUGACCUUUUCUGUGUCUAAUGUUUCGUCAUUAUUUUAUCGCUUGCGUCCUUUGAUUGAAAAUUGUAAUGAAGCUUACUUUUUUGUGUCAGAAGACUUUUAUUUGCCCCCUAUCAGCACUAAACGCAUUUCGCUGAUUUUUAUGAAAAAUACGACUAAUAAUAAUAAAGAUGGGAUUCUCAAGAAUUUAUACGAAAAAGUUUGUUUGAAGUGGUUUAUGAAAACUUCUAAUAUAGAAGGAAAACUGAAACUCUGCGAGAUGGUCCCGACUUUUUCCUGCGAUUCUCUUUCUCUCUGGGAAUAUAUAAAUAUUGAUAUUAACUUUUUGGGGAGCGACGGAGCUCCUUUGAAGAGUUUUUCUAAUAACUCCAUUAAAGUUGUUAAGAAAGAAGUCAUAAAAGUAAAAGUGCGUAUUUCUAACGUUACAGAUACUUCAUAUCCUUCCAUGGAAUUUAAAAUAAAUCUUUUUCAUGAUUCACGAUACGGAAAGAAAAUAUUCAGUACUAAAGAUAAUUUUAUCAAAUAUGGCUCGUGGAAAAAUGAUAUUAGCGAUCUACAAGGAGGGUCUUCUAUUUUUCGCUGCGUGGAAGUUCUUUUUUUAAAAGAAGGGAAAUAUUUUUUACUUUUCGAUUGUCACUUAUCUUUAAAGAAUUCUACUGUUUAUAAGAAAAAGUUUAUCUUCGUUGAAUAA